AUGCUGAAAUGGUUGUGGGCACUGCAGGACCCAUUGCAGUUGUUACCACUCGAUCGCCUCGCCCGCGCCUCUACCAUCGCGUUCUUAACAAACAUGAACAAGAACUGGAACGACCGGGCCGACAAGGACCUCUUCUUUACCAUUCUUAAUGUAAAGAACAUCGGAGUCAUCAGCGGUUCGGAAUGGAUUACCAUCGGCAACACCAUGCGGGCCAUGGGCUAUGGCUUUACCAACGAGGGAUGCCGACAACACUUCCAAGGCCUUCGCCGCGCCCAGCACAAGAGCGAAGUUGGCCCUGCAACCGCCUCCCCUGACCCUAACCGGAGGGUAGAUCCCACUCUCAACCCAAUCACGAGGAGGCCGGGACCUGGACGUGGUCGCCCUAAGAAGCAGCAAAACACGGCCCAGGGGCAGUCCCCCGCCAGCACGGCUUCGGUCUCCGAGACGGGAACCACCGGUCCCAGUGUUACCCCGAUUCCUCCCCCGGUUGUUCCUGGUGCUCCCGGUCAGAGCACCACCGCGAUCCCCGUUCCCGUUGUUCCUGGCAUGCCCGCUCCGCCCGCUGGUAUGCAUCCUGCUGCUAUGGCCCAGGUUCAUGCCCAAGCCCAAGCCCAAGCCCAAGCUCAGGCCUACGCGCAGCAGCAGCAUGCCCAGGCUCAGCUUCAAGCUCACACGCAAGCUCAGGCUCACGCUCAAGCCCAGGCUCAACAAGCUCGCGCCCAGCAAAACGGACGAGCCGGAAACCAGGUUGGCGGUCAAGGGCCGGCCAACCAGGCUGUCCAGGCUCAGUCUGGCGGACAGUCGGCCGAUGGAGAUGAUGUUGCCGUGGACCCUAGCCUCGAGGACGGCGACGACGAGCAGCAGCACCCCAACAAGCGACGCAAGAUGGAACAAGACCCUCUGGACGACGCGGCGGUGAUGAAUGCCUUGGCUGCUCACAACGACCCAGCAUCAACCGCCCACUUUGCGCCAGACCAAAAGCACCGCAAUACGCGCUCUUCACCAACACUCGCCACCAUGUCCAACCUCGACGAGACCCCCAAGGAGGGCAAGUGGAACAACGACGCUCACUCAGCUCUCUGCACAGCUCUCGCCGAGGGCCUGAUUGCUUCAGGAAGCAGUCCCGCACAGAAGAAAGACCUCAUCAUGGCCGUCAUGAAGGCGUGUGGCCAUGAGGGCUUCACCUGGGAGUCUAUUCGCACGUUUUGUUUGUUUGUAUUUUUACCAGAAGCGCGUCUUCCUCACUGCCUGUCCUUUUCUCCCACUUUCGUCACUCCCACAAAACUUCUGCACUAUCUACGCUACAACCACAAACGCUUCAACUUUUUGUCCCACCACUCAGCCCUUCCUUCCGAGAAAUCAUCGCAAAAUGCCUCGUUGGGAUGA